AUGAAUAUGUUGGAUGAUGAAGAUGACCAAAGCUUUCACGCUACGCGUGACGGCUACUCCCAUUUGAGCGAUGUCGAAUGGGAUGCGGUUGAACGAAUGGGUUCGACCAUGGGCAUCCAUGCUGUUAGCGUCAUGCUAGAGGCUCUCAAUAGAGAUGCCCAACAUGCUACUAUCGCCAAGUUCAUUCAAAAUGAACUUGACGCAGAACGCGAGAAAGUAGCCUUGCUUCACCAACAAGGUUCUCAACAAGCAGAGUUGUUGAGAGAACAAGGUGCUCAACAGUUUGAACUGUUGAGACAGCAGCAGGCUGCUGCUGGCGGGUCGAUGCACUCGCGUCGGCCCGAGACUUUGAAGAUUGACAUCUCAAAGGCGCGUCGCAUCGACGACGGGGAUAUGCAAGUUGCAUUUGCCCAGUCAAAUCUGGCAGGACGUGCCAAGACUUGGGCACUGGGGCUCAAGCUGCACGACCCAUAUGCGUUUGGGUCGUUGGAAGUCUUCAAGUCGCGGCUCAGACAAACGUUUGAACCGCCUAGAGCUGAGUUCAGAGCUCGAACCGAACUCUUGAAGCUCAAGCAGGGUAAGCGUGAUGUGCACGCUUACGCUCAACAUAUACGACAUCUCACGAGUUGUAUAAGUUCCAAUCCAGUGGAUGAACACACGUUGGUUUCGGUGUUCAUGCAGGGUCUUGCGGAUGGUCCCGUCAAGACUCACCUGUUCCGGCUUGAACUAGAUUCACUAGAACAAGCCAUUUCAAUUGCGGAGCAGGAAGACUUCAGUCUGAGACAGGCUCGCGCCAGCUCGACAUCAUAUCGUCAACCGAGACGAUAUGACAACGGAGGUCCAGAGCCGAUGGAACUCUGUUAUGUAGAGAGCGAGAAGGCUCGCUCUACAGGCUACAAGAAGUUGCAGAGAUGCAACAGAUGUCAAAAGACAGGACACUACGCUUACGAGUGUAGUGCCCCUCGUCCAGUGUCUCGCGACACUGGGCGUAGUGACCGUCCACCCAUGAGAAAGGGGCAGGGACGAGGGUCCGCAGUUGAUGCAAAGACGCAACAACGGGAUGGACCGUCAAAACGGACAGGAUCAGUAGGUGCGGAGCACCCUACUGAUCCAGCAACGUCAAGAGAAUUUGUAGGCCUCUUGAUGAAGGUUGCUCCCAACACACAGACAUUGUGCGUUGCUGCUCUAGGUAAUGAGAUCUCACUCAUUACCUUGAAACUCGAAGUGACGAAUAAGUUGUCCCUUCGAGCUCUAGUCGAUUGUGGGGCGUCCAACAAUUUUGUGCGACGCCAAUCGCUAGAAGAUGGUCACUUUAAAUUCAGUGAAUGUGACACACCUCCUACGAGGAUGACGGUACGUCUUGCGACAGGCGCAUCCGUAACCGUCAUGAAGCGUAUAGUGAAGAUCCACUAA